GCGGCGGCGGCGGCGGCGGCGGCGGCGGCGCUGGAGCGAGCGGAGCCCGGCGCCGGCUCCCGGGAGGACCAUGCGGGCCCCGGCCGCGUCGCUCGGGCUGCUGCUGGCGCUGAGCGCGCUCCGCUGCGCAGAGAGCACGGGUCGAGGCGUGGCAGACAGUCUGCAGAGGUUCUCUUCGCUGCCUGCCUAUCUCCCAGCCAGCUUCCACGUCUCUGAUGCAGAGGAGGCGUUCUUCCUCAAGGAGGCCAACCAGGACCUCAUGCGCAACGCCAGCCUGCAGGCCCGGUCCGCCACACUCUUCAUCCACCGAGCCCAGAGCCCUCCCACCAUCAACGCCAGCUACGGCCCCUUCUCUGCGGAGAAGACGGUGCCCUGGGACUUCCUGCUCACCCCCACCCCUUUUGGAAAUAUGGAGAGGUUCCCUUUCAACUGGAGGCUCAAAUCCCACAUCCUCGACAGCUCCAUCUUUUCCAACAGACCCAAAGUGCAGACGCUGUUCUAUGUCACUGGCAUGGGCUGGGACGACAAUGACCCUGGGGAUGAUCUCCCCUGCGUUAAGAUGUUUGCUUUCCCAGAGGCCAGGGAGGUGGCGGCCAGCUGCCGGCUGCAAGGAGCCCCUGGGCUGUGCGUGGCGGAGCUGGAGCUGUUGCCUGAGUGGUUCAGCUCGGGUCUGGACCUGGAACCCGAGGAGGAGAUCCCGGCGAUCCUGGGUGGCACGGCCAUGGAACUCUUCUUUGCUCUUUAUCCAGCCAAUGAGGCUGGUCAGUGCCCGCUGGAGGAGGAGGGCAAGUGGGAAAACAACAUCCACUCAGAACAGGAGGAACCUCAGCCGGUGCUCCCUGCCCGGGAGAGGAUCGGCAGUGUGGUGGUCUACCCUACCCAGGACGACCUGCGGUGGUCCUUGGUGAGCCUCGACGACAACGUCGCCCUCUCCGUUCCUCUGAACCUCAUCCGGGAAGGGGACACGGCGACCUUUUUGGUUUCUCUGGCCAGUGGCUCCGUGGCAGAACGGUUCACGCUUCGAAUCAAGGCAGCCGCGGGCGUGAGGAUAACGGCAGUGCGGGUGAGCAACGAGAACCAGUGGGCAGUGCAGGAGGACAUUGAGCAGGAUGGUACCCAGACCACGGCAGCCCUGGCCUGCGUGGGACACCACCCGGAGAAACAGAGCAGGGCAAAUGGCUCCUACUAUGAGAUUCUGCAAGUGGACUUCGGCGUUGACAACAGCAGUGGCCUGGCUGGGGCCCAGCAAAUCACCUGGCAGGUGGAAUACCCUGUGGAAGACUCCAUGAGCGAGCUCUUCGUCUCUGAGAUCUUCAUCAGCCAGACGACCUUUGUGGGCAUUGUCCCUCUUGCUAUGGACACAGAAGUUUUGAACACCGCCAUUCUCACAGGAAAGCCUGUCUCGGUUCCUGUCAAGGUCGUGGGGGUUCAAGAAGACGGAUCUGUAGUGGACGUGUUGGAGGCUGUGGAAUGCAGGUCGGCCGAUGAAGAUGUUGUGAAGGUCUCCAACACCUGUGAUUCUAUCUUUGUGAAUGGGAAGGAGAUGAAGAGCAAAGUGGGCACCAUCGUGAACUUCACCCACCAGCACUUCACCUCCCAGGUGGAGAUCACCGUCUGGGUGCCCCGCCUGCCGCUGCAGAUAGAGAUCUCAGACACAGAGCUGAGCCAGAUCAAGGGCUGGAGGAUCCCGGUGGCCGCCAACAGGAGGCCCACCCGGGAGAGUGAUGAUGAGGAAGAUGAGGAGAAGAAGGGGCGAGGGUGCACUCUGCAGUACCAGCAUGCCCUGGUGCGGGUUCUCACUCAGUUUGUAACUGAGUCACCUGACCUGGGUCAGCUGACCUACAUGCUGGGCCCCGACUGGCAGUUUGACAUCACCGACCUUGUGACCGAGUUUGUGAAGGUGGAGGAACCGAAAAUUGCCGAGUUACAGGAUGGCAGGAUCCUGGCAGGGCGGGAGCCGGGCAUCACUACUGUGCAGGUCCUCUCGCCUCUCUCUGACUCCAUCCUGGCUGAGAAGACAGUUAUUGUCCUGGAUGACCGUGUCACCAUCACAGAGCUGGGUGUGCAACUGGUGGCUGGCCUGUCCCUUUCCCUGCAGCCUCACAAGGUAGACAAGAGGGCCAUUGUCUCUACAGUGGCUGCUCAGGAUGUGUUCCAAGCCCCACAGCAGGAGGCCAUAGUCAGUUCCUGGAUUUUGUUCAGUGAUGGCUCAGUGACGCCUUUAGACAUUUACGAUCCCAAGGAUUUCUCAGUGACCGUUUCCUCCUUGGACGAAAUGGUGGUAUCCAUCCAGCCAAACCCUCAGACCAGAUGGCCAAUCGUCGUUGCUGAGGGCGAAGGACAGGGUCCCCUGAUCAAGCUAGAAAUGUCGAUCAGUGAAUCUUGUCAGAAGAACAAGAGGAAGAGUACUCUCGCUGUGGGUAAAGGAAAUGUCAAGGUCAGAUUUGAACCUGGGAUGCACGAGCACCGAGGAGGUGGCAAUGAUAUCGAAGGCGUAAACCGGGAAUACAAAGGCCACCUCAGCAAUUCCAUAGAGCGUGAGGGAAGCCAGGAGCGAGCAGCCCAGGAGUGGUUCCAACAUGGCUCACCAGUUGGCCACGAGGACAGGACCAACAAAAGCACAACCCCACAGUCUCCUAUGGGAGGAAAGCUACUCAAAGGUGGAGCAGAUGCCUUCACAAGCUUCCCCACUCAGGGGAAGUUACCAGAAUCCAAUAACCCUGGUGACCUCACGAUGACCUCCAGGGGGUUAACAGAUUUGGAGAUUGGCAUGUACGCCCUGCUCUGUGUCUUCUGUCUGGCCAUCUUGGUCUUCCUGAUCAACUGCGUGGCCUUUGCUUGGAAGUAUAGACACAAAAGGUUUGCAGUAAGUGAGCAAGGCAACAUCCCCCAUUCCCACGACUGGGUCUGGCUUGGGAAUGAGGUAGAACUUCUGGAGAACCCCGUGGACAUCACUCUCCCCUCGGAGGAGUGCACAACCAUGAUUGACAGGGGUCUGCAGUUCGAGGAGAGGAACUUCCUGCUGAAUGGCAAUUCCCAGAAGACUUUUCAUAGUCAGCUGCUUAGGCCUCCUGACUAUGUAUAUGAGAAAGAGCUGAAAAACGAACCUAUGGGUUCCUCCGGCCCAAAGAGGAAGAGAGUCAAGUUUACUUCCUACACCACCAUCCUCCCUGAGGAUGGGGGCCCAUACACCAACUCCAUCUUGUUUGACAGCGAUGACAGCAUCAAGUGGGUCUGCCAGGAUAUGGGGCUGGGGGACUCACAGGACUUCAGAGACUAUAUGGAAAGACUACAGGACCAGAUGUAAAGUCCUUUCUUAAGUUCGUAUUCACCUUUAUGCCUUCUGUUUUCUGAACGGUGGAGCAGUGAGUCUGAUCAGCAAUAGGGGGUGACUCAACAAAGUGUCAGGGUAGGGGGUCUGGAGGGAUCCCUCUCUAAGUGGGUAUCAGCCGUCUAGAGAGCUGGGUGAUGUCUACAAAACAGUGGCUCCCAGGGAUGGGAGACAUUCAGAGGCAGCAGCCUAGCGGUAGACACGACCCCACAGACACUGUUGGUCACCUCAUGACCAAUGGCCGUGUGUAAUGAGGGAUGUUCCGGAUGGUGAUUUUUCUAUUCCUAGCCCUUUUAAAGCACAGUGGACACUCAUUGCGUGUGGCCUGAGUUCGGAUCUCCAUGGCGGAAGAUGACUGAAUGUAGCUUCCUUAGUUGUCAGGAGUGAGGCUCAUUAUUUUUAUAUACAUUUGGACUCGCACUUGUUCUUUUGACCUUACAUUUUUUGAGGGGGAGGGGUUGUUUCAGAAACACAUAAAGAAGAAUUAUGUUGUUCCUAUGAGUUUUGUUCACUGGGGCUCAUCACAUCCUGACAUUUCUGAGUCUCCACACAGGAUGUCAUUUUUUUUUUUUAAAACUUUGUUGCUGGGGAUGGUGUUUAAGCAGCAUAUUCUCAUGCUUUGUCUCCUUCUUCUUGCCAUUGGACUUUGUUAUCUAUCUCGGCAACAGGGAUCUCACUGGAGACCCAGAAGAGAGAUUUUUUUCUUUUUACAAUCAUUUUCCACAUGAAGUUUAACCAAUUUGGAGAAAAGUUGUGUCACAAGCAUCUGUUUUCAUUGUCUGCUUGUUAGUUAUUUGCAGAUCUCCUGGGGGUAGAGUUCUGAGGGCAGAGAGACUCCAACAUCACAGUAGGGAUAUAAGUCCUUUGUGCUCAACACAGUGUAUUAUUCAAAGUAAAAUAAAAAGCAGGAUUGAAGGGCUGGAGAGAUGGCUUGGUGGUUAAGAGCACUUGCUACUCUUGUGUAGGACCUGGAGGUCAGAUCACAGCACCCACGUGGUGGCUCACAAACCUUCUGUAACUCUAGGGCCAUGGGAUCUGAUACCCUCUUCUGGACUCAGUGGGUACUGCACUCAUGUGCGCAUACACAGACACACAUACACAUAACUAGAAAAAACAACUCUUUUAAAAAGCAGGAUUGAUCUACACAGAAAAGGAAUGAAGAAACAGCUUCACAUUCAACUUUCCACUUUGCAUAUUUAAAAAAAACAUCGAUGUUUCAAGUUAGCAAUAUAUAGAAGUCAUCCAUACAAUGACUGAAAAAAAAAAAACAGAACCCUCAAUUGUCACUUGGACAGAGAAGAAACCAUCUCAGGCACCUUUUGGUAGAGAAAGCAAUGGUUUCUCCAAAUCCAUAACUAUAAAUGAAUGUCCCAGAGCCCAGGAGUCAGCUGUUACAAAAAAACUAUGGUAUUCAGUCAAAGUUGCAAGAGAAAAAAGAUUUUUUUGCAUAAUUUUAAAUAAAAGUGCUCUUUACAAGCAUCAUGAACAGCUUCAAGGAAGGCAGAGAUCUUUGGAUUGGCAAAAUGUGACAUUUUUGUUUAUCACGAUGAUGUAACUAGAAACCCAGGCACUUGACUAGUAUGCCACAUUGUGAACUAACCGAGUCAUUGUCAGCUCCCUAAAAUGGGAUUUUAAAAGGUCCAAAGCAGGAAGCACAUGCAGGGGGUCACUGAUGUCCAAGGGCUGAUAUCUGAGCCUCUCAGAGGAGACGUUUUCUUAUUCCUCUGCUCUCAUUUUGUGUAUGUCCAGGCUGGAAACAAGGCAGCUGGCCCUCCUGUAGCCAUGACGGGACAGCUAAGACAUUCUCCCUGCCUCUCCCACGCCCAGCAUUGCAGUGUGUUUACAAACAGGGUUGGGCAUGUAGGUCUCAGACUUCAACCUCCAGAACUACGAUUCACUUGCUUCUGUGUUUAGAAUGACUUCUAAGAACUGGAGCUACCGGGGUUCUCAAAACCUUCCAUCAGAGACUGAAGCCAGGAGAUGAAGGUGUUGCAUAACCUUGGCUGACAUCUGCUGCUGCUAAGAGGUCUCUAGUUAGCUGGCUGCUUCUGGAAAGGUUGGACUGGGAGCAGGUAGCCCCACACCACCUGUGCAGGACAGCAAAGUUGCAGAUAAGUGUGGCUCCUUUCAUGAGCCAUUUAAAAAUCCUAUCUCCCAUCACAGAAAUAAUGGGAAUCGAUAGUGAGGCACCUGUCUGGAGACAAGGGCACACAAAGCAGGCUGCCUCCUAUUGUUUAGGUGAGGCCCUGGGCUUGCCUAUAUAGCUUAGCAGGAAAUUCCUAAGGGCAGCAUAAGUAAGUGAUUGACAGGCUUGAAGUGGGCGGGGAGGAGCUGACCACGGUGCUGAAGAUGCCUCCAUGGGCCUCUUAGAUACACUCAGUAAAUUCGCCUCAGUGCACAUUUUACCGUAUCUUUGUGUUAGGACACCGUCAGUUCAAAACAAAGUCAAGUGGCAGGUUCUGAGGGAAAUGACAUUUUUUAAACAUGUGACACACAGUUAUAUACAUACAUACGCACUAGUGUCCGCAUCUGUGUGUGUGUGUGUGUGUGUGUGUGUGUGUGUGUGUGUGUGCAUACCAAGGAGUUACAGACUCAGUCAGUUGGUAGGAAUCAACAGAACCUGCCCGUCAUUCUUAGAUUUGGUUUGGACAGGAUUCAGCAUCUCAGUGUCAUGGAAGCAUCUUAUGCUCUAAAUAUCUCAUGCAGAUCAUACACUGUGGCUAUCUCACCUGAGUUUUCCAUCAAGUCAGCUAUGAUGUUUGUGCUAGCUCCUAAAACACCUGAACUAGAAUGGGGGAGAUUGCAUAAACCAUCAAGCCUUAAAAUCCAUGCAGUUGCCUGGACUUCAGUUUUCACGGCUGAGAGAUCCAAAUUAUAACUUGAUAUAUUUAUUUCAUAUAUAUAUAUAUUUAUGAUUAUUUAACCUGAUCCAGACACACAUUAUCAAGUCCCUUGCUCUGCCGCCAGAGUGAUGUUUAUGCUCAGAUUCAUCCUGAGGGAUUCGGGAGAUAGUGGCAGGCUAUAAGCUCUUUGGCCACACAGAGAUUGAGACAUGUGAUGGACACCUGGUAGUGUGACCCAGGACAUUCAAAGACAAUGAUGCCACUGUCUUCAGAAUUUGCAUGUGGUACUUUUGGGGUCAAGGAAUAGGGACUCAAGAGGCAGGUGGCCACACCAAAGAACUGGAGCUGAACGGUAGGUGUGCUAGAUCUGAGAGACUCACAGGUACAAUGGGAGCUUUGGCCAGAGAGCAACAUCUAACUAAUAUUAGAAAACUGUCUGCAUGGUACACUGGCCAGGGCACAUUCCCAGACUAUGGCAGUUCUGAGCUGUCUAGGCAGAACAUUUCUAUUUAUAGACACAAAUACAGCCAAGACAUGCAUUGAUUUUAUUUUACCCCUUGGCCACACCUAUGGGUGGAAGUAUUUUGUAACUCACUUAUUUAAGGUUUAGGAAGCCAUGUUUGGUAUUCUGAUCAACAUUUUUUUGUUUACUCUUAUCAGGGCUGGAGAGAGAGAGAGAGAGCUCAGUUGGUAAAGUUUGCUGCACAAGUCUGAGGGCUGGAAUCCGACCCUCCAGCACCCACAUAAUAAUCCAGGCAUGUUGGUAUAUGCUUAUAAUCCCAGCAUGGGGGAGGUGGGGACAGACAAGCACCUGAGACUUCCUUUCCAGCCAGCCUUGCCUAAUAGGCAAGUUCCAGAUCCCAGUCAGAGACCCUGUCUCAACAUGAAGGUAGAUGAUGCCUGAGGAAUGUCGUCUGAGAUUGACUUCUGGUCUACACACAUGCUUCCAUGCAUUCAUGCACACACACACACAGAGAGAGAGAGAGAGAGAGAGAGAGAGAGAGAGAGAGAGAGAGAGAGAGAGAGAGAGGGAGAGAAAGGGUGUUGAGACCACAAUGAAGCUGUGUCCAUCAGUGAGGAGUCCCCUGGUCCCCAAACAGUGACCACAGGCAGUGAUUCCAAGUCCUAUCUUCAUCCCAUUGGGUUUUCUACUCUGGUCAUCUAAAGAGAGUCACAUUUCUCCAUUCAGGUCUUUGUAAAUGACACCAUAGAUGGUUUAUGAAUUGCACCUUUCUUCUCCAUCAAAACCGUAUCCGUAUAAUGUAAUGCAUCUCAUCUGUCAUGUAGAGGGUGGAUGGUGGGACAAAGUUUUGCUGAAAUACAGACAGCAGAUAUUUUUGUAUGUAAUAUAGGCAAUAUAAUGAAACUGUGAAUGGUGUACUGGAAUAAAUACAUUUAAAAAUAAAAGCAUGUGAAACAGCUUUUAAGUGUACAGACAUCCAGCUCAACCAUAUUUAAGUGGAUGACGGGAAAAGCAUCGGGGUCUGACAUUGAAAAAUACACCCAAUUAGGAAUUCUGACCUGGAAAGGACAUUGUGGCUCAUGCUGGGAUUGUUGGUGAAAUCUUCCAGAACAUUUUGAUCUUACUCUUCAUUACAUUCUGAAUUUUUUCCUCCCUCCCCAACUGGAAAUAUUUCAGAAAUAAAAUGACUUCAUUUUUCAGCAUAAAGGUAUAUUCUAACCACAGGGUAACUCAUCAUUUUUAACAUGGAAAUAAACAUUUGAACAUUC